CUCUCUCUGUGCCUCUGUGUCCAUAUCCCUCCCUCUCCCUCCCAUCAUAUUGGGCGUUGCCUAGCUGACUAUAAAUUCUUGAGUACACUUCCAUUGAGCUCCUGCACUCUUCACUGAAUCUCAAACCACCGCCUCUGCUUCUUUGUGUCCUGCACUCAUUUCUGCAGCCAUGACUGAGUUGGAGAAGAGCAUGGAGUCCCUGAUUAUGGUGUUUCACCGCUAUGCCAAAGAAGACGGCGAUGAAAAGACCUUAACCAAGAAGGAACUGAAAAGACUAUUGGAGGCAGAGUUACCCACCUUCCUGAAAGCCCAGAAGAACCCCAAAACUGUGGACUGCAUCUUGAAAGAUUUAGACCAAAACAAAGAUGAUAAGUUGGACUUUGAAGAGUUUCUUCCCCUCGUCGUCGGCCUCUCAAUGGCCUGUGAGAAGUGUUACAUGCUCCAUGAGAAGAAGAGCAAGAAGUGAUGGCCAACUAUUAGGGAGAAUGACGAUGUAGAUUAUUUUACUAGAGUAAAAGAAUUUUGUAGCACAAAUGUGUGCCUGAUCACAAGUAAAAACAACCCUUGACAAAAUGUCAUCUUCUGUUUGUUUAAUUAGUCUUUUAGUUGGGUACUAAAUACUUCAUAGGUUCCCAGCUGGUCCAGCCACGGGGUCCAGAUUUCUUCUAUGUUAUUAGUUCACGUCCACAGAGUUGAAUAAAUGCAGCGUCAUAAUUGCGUUUGUCCAUGUCAUCGAGCUCUGUUAAGUAGCUGUCUGUUAUUCACACACAACAAAGCAGGAUACGGCACCUCAAAAUAAAAGCUCUGUGCCAGAAA